AUGUGUGAAUAUAUGUUAGGUAGUCGUGGAGCAUGUAGAAAUCGAAUGGGUGCGCAAUACUUUGAUGAGUUUCGUACAUAUUUUUGGAAGAGGCCUGAAAAUGAAUUCGAUAGAAUCCCACCACCUAUUGAGAAAGUUGAGCAUGUAUUGAGUAUGAGAUCUUCCAUUAGACGAAUAAACCAGUCUCCAUCUAUUAUUAGUAGAAGGAGUCAAAGACAUUUACUAUAUCCUGCUUCACCCCAUGAUAACACUAAUAUAAACAACCCUGGUAUAAGAAAUUCUGAGCAAAAUAUUAACAUUCCUCUGCCUCCAAUUGAAACAUUAUCUCUCCAACCACCACCUUACUCACGGGCCACAGAUGAAGCACAAAAUAAUAAUCAGAGCCAAGACAGUUCUAACUACGAAGUAGUUGUCUCUAACAGUAAUCUAAUACCUGAUUUGCUAAAUUUAUCCUUAUCACGAAAUGAAAGUGAUGCCAUUAUGCACAAUAUAGGUAGUCAACCACUCUUCUCGAUAAAUGAAGAGGAAAGAUAA